AUGCGUCUCCAAGCUGCCAUCGCCAGCCUCAUCACCUUUACUGCAGCGUCCAACGUGCCAUCACCACAGAACUUCUUCACGAACCCGUCCUCCAGCGAUGGAUCCGGUUUCAAGAUCCCAACCGUUCACGAGUCCGCCGUCCAAGCCCGGAGGAUCAUGCGUCUAGAGAACAUUGGCACCCUGUCCACCAUCUUCCCCAACACCCACACCACCGAGCAACGACCCUCGGACGUUGGAGGCGCGCCCAUAGGCUUGAUGGACUACUUCGGCGACUGCGAGUCAGACUCAGGGAACCCUACUAUCCUCGCCAUCACCAUCGCUACUUCCUUCAAGAACGUAGACGCCGGCUCCAACAUUACCUUGAGCAUGCGAUGGCAUCCCCAGGACAACAAAUGGCGCAGUCCUGCAGCGCUCCCUCGUUUCUCGCUUGUCGGUCGUCUGGAAGAUAUUGAUAUGGAUGCUAUCAAGAAGCUGGGUGUGACAGCCUGCUAUGUCAAGAAACACCCCGAUGCUGCGUGGUGGUUGCCGGGCUCAGGCGUCCACGAGAGCAAGUGGGUGCGUCUGGUCGUCGAGGAGAUAUACUGGAUUGGAGGGUUCGGAGAUCGUGCCUACAUUGGAUGGAUCCCCAAGGAAGAGUGGUACAGCGUCACACAAGAAGAGAUUGAUGGCAUUCAGUUGCCAGGCGAGAAGCAAAGCGCGUGGAACGCCAUCGGAAGCUGGUUUGGCAUGGGUCAGCAAGAACAGGGUGUGAUUGAGCUCUAA